AUGUUUCUCAUAGGGCCUCAUUUGAGGAUAUGCAUCUUCGAGAGGAGGGUCACUUCGACAGUCACCACUGCCUACACGAGAUUGGUCAACGAUGGUAUCUUGAAGGACGAUUCUCAUCAGCGUUCAAUCAUUACCCACUUUGACGGUAUUGUGGAAUCGUUGACUUCAUACGUGGCCACGCCGAGAUCGAAGCACACAAGGAAAAACUGGAAACUCGCCAGUUUUUGGAAUCACCUCAAGGUUUCCAUCGUAUGUGGUCUCGUCCUCUUGAUAUUUCAGACAAGGCAAGUCGCCAGCCCGGCUCCACGAGGGAUCUAUCUCUGGGGUAAUGUUGGUUGCGGCAAAACGAUGAUAAUGGAUUUGUUCUUCGAUUGCUGUCCAUUUGCAGAGAAAGAACGAGUUCACUUCCACCCAUUUAUGCAGGAAAUACACAAAAGAAUGCAUUCUGUAAAGAUGGCACAUGUUGGGAAACGGGGUACCUGCGAUCCUGUGCCGUUCAUUGUUCAUGAAAUCAUGAGCAGGUGUAGGAUGCUGUGUUUUGAUGAGUUCCAGGUCACGGAUAUUGCUGAUGCUAUGAUACUGAAGAGGUUUUUUUCGCUUCUGUUUGAUGAAGGGCUCGUUGUCAUCGCCACGUCAAAUAGACCUCCUAAGGAUUUGUACAAAAACGGUUUGCAGCGACAUCAGUUCUUGCCUUUUAUCGCGGUCUUGGAGGAUAGGUGUCAUGUGCUAUCGUUGAACUCCGACAUAGACUAUCGCAGAAUCGGUGGUGGCGGAUCCGAUACCUAUUUCGUCCGAUCGGAGAGCUGUGAUGUUGACGAAGAGUGCGAUCGAGUGUUUAAGCAGUUGAUUGCGCAGGAAACAGACACAAUCCGCACAAAAAUUCUCAGUAUUCUCGGACGCACCGUCGAGGUGAAACGCUGUUGCGGUGGUGUUGCCGACAUCGAGUUUGUUGAUUGGUGUGAGCGACCAUGCGGUGCCGCUGAUUAUCUUGUACUAGCCAGGGUUUUCCAUACUAUUAUACUUCGCAAUGUUCCUGUACUAACCUGUUCGAAGAUAAACGAGGCAAGACGAUUUAUAACAAUGAUAGACACGUUCUACGACCAAAAGGUUCGACUCGUUGUCAGUGCAGAUGCUCCUCCAGAAGGUCUUUUCUUGUUGGAAGAAGACACAAAUGAUAUGGGAUCGUUGAGUGACUCGCAGAGAGUUCUUAUGGAUGAUUUGGAAGUCAAGGAGGGCAGCGAUACCGCCAGAGCAAACGUUUUCUCUGGAGAAGAGGAAGCUUUUGCCUAUGUACGAACGGUGUCGCGUUUGUACGAAAUGCGAGGUAGCCUGUACUGGAAUGUCAGAAAGCCCAGUUCGCAUUAG